AUGUGGCCCGGCCGCCGCCCGGCCGCCGCCUCGGGGACCGCCAGGGCGCUGCUGCCGCUGCUGCUGGGCGCGCUGCUCGCGGCGUGCGCGCAGGCGAGCGGCGAGUACUGUCACGGCUGGUUGGACGCGCAGGGCGUCUGGCGCCUCGGGUUCCAGUGCCCAGAGCGCUUCGACGGCAGCGACGCCACCAUAUGCUGCGGCAGCUGCGCCCUGCGCUACUGCUGCUCCAGCGCCGAGGCGCGCCUGGACCAGGGCGGCUGCGACAACGACCGGCAGCAGGGCGCCAUCGAGCCCGGACGGACAGAUAAGGACGGCCCCGACGGCUCUGCAGUGCCCAUCUACGUCCCGUUCCUCAUCGUGGGCUCCGUGUUCGUGGCCUUCAUCAUCCUGGGCUCCCUGGUGGCGGCCUGCUGCUGCCGCUGCCUCCGGCCCAAGCAGGAGCCCCAGCAGAGCCGAGCGCCCGGGGGCAGCCGCCUGAUGGAGACCAUCCCCAUGAUCGCCAGCGCCAGCACGUCCCGUGGCUCGUCCUCCCGCCAGUCCAGCACGGCAGCCAGCUCCAGCUCCAGCGCCAACUCGGGCGCCCGGGCCCCGCCCACCAGGUCACAGACCAACUGCUGCCUGCCCGAGGGCACCAUGAACAACGUGUACGUCAACAUGCCCACCAACUUCUCCGUGCUCAAUUGCCAGCAGGCCACACAGAUCGUGCCCCACCAGGGCCAGUACUUGCAUCCGCCCUACGUGGGGUACACCGUGCCCCACGACGCGGUGCCCGUGCCGCCCAUGCCCCCCUUCAUGGACGCUCUGCAGGCGGGCUACCGCCAGGUGCAGUCCCCCUUCCCCCACACGGGCAGUGAGCAGAAGAUGUUUCCAGCCGUGACCGUGUGACUCCCAGGAGGGUCACAGGUUACCUGUGGCUGGCUCCCUGUUGGGUGCAUCUGCCCCGUACCUAGUGUCUCUGUGGCUGCCUCUGCCUCUGUGGCGGAUGCAUGAGCCUUCACAGGGCAGCCCCGUCUGCCGCUGGUGGUUUACAAGGCGAGCACUUGAGCCCUGACGUGCCCCCUGGUACAGAUGUCAAAAGAAUCCCAUCAGCGGACAGAUGAAAGGUUUCUCAUGAGGUCACGCUUAAGAUUCCUGUUUCGUGAUUCUCUCCACUACGUCAGAUGGGCGGGGACCGUCAUUUUUCUUGGGCCAGUUUCCUCAGUGUUUCACACCCAAGCUGGAGAGGCGAGGCCAUGGCGGUGAGAAAAGGAUUCCCGUGUGGAAAAAGGAUUCCCGUGUGGAAUACUCGGAAGCCCUGUAGAAAUACACAUCUGUUUGUCACGCUUGUGAUGGUACUGCUUGUCGAGGGCUGAUCAUUCUACGUUAAAGUGAUCUUCCACAUUAAAAACUGAGAGUGGGAGAAAUUGCAGUCGCCUAACUAUUGAGGACGUUUCCGAACUGGCCGAUGGCUUCCGUCUUGAACUGCUGGGCGAGGUGGUGGCACAACCCGCCUUCCUCGAUGUCCUGACCACCCGUGGCUUGUGGGGAGGACCCACUCCUCAGAUGCUUUUUUGUUUGGGGUGUUUUGGGGUUCUUUUGCUUGUGAACGAUCCUUCUCUGCUUUCCCAAGAUACUUUUAAUGUGUCCCGGUGGCGUGUGACUGCCACUUCCUUCUGUCUGGUUGUCCCAUCCCAAUUCCCAGAGUACACAGCGUGGGCGAUGAGCACCGUCAGACAUGAAGGCCAGUGUUCCCGCCUCUCAGAACGCACCCUCCGUCUAAAGCCACUGCCCUUGAGCCCAUCCCAGACUCAGUGACCCUGCAGAACAGAAUGGAGCUGUUCCUUUAGGGUUCCCGGGCCAGGUAAGGGAGCAGGGAGCAGCCUCUGUCUCCAGAGGAGCAGUGGGGGGUUCCCAUCUGCUGACCUUGCGGUGAGCAGUCAGCUUCAUUAAGCACUACACUCCCAGGCUCCGUGUAUUUCUGCCACGAUCUUCUCGUUUCACCGACUGAAAAUGCCCAGGUGUGCUUCCCCCUGAUGCUUAGGCUAGCUCUUCAAGCGAAGACGUGGAGUAGCGUAAGCCGCAGAUAGAGAUUCCCUUUGCAAGUCAUUGUGGCCAUUGGGUUUUUUACUCCCGUUGUCAACAUCGUUGCCUUUUUUCCAGGCGCGGGGGAUGAUUCAGACAGGAGCAAACUUUGCAAGGACCAGGUGCCUUUCGCUCGCCAUCAAGUGGGGGCUUCACAUUCUUCAUGCUCUUCCCUCUACAAGCCCAAUGCCCAUUGCCCUUGUUCUGAGUUUGGAAGGUCAAUCAGAUUUCUUUCUGCAUUGUUUACUUAUGUUUAAAAAAAAAGGUACAUUUUUAAGUAUGCGUGAGCACAUGUCCAAAUGCUAGCAAAACCAACACUUGUCGUUAAACAAAGCUUUGUGAGAUUUAUAUCUGCCCAAUGACAAUCAUGUAAAACUGUUGGCAGCCAUCAGUAUCGAGGUUACUCCAUCUCUCUUUUAUUAUUAUUGUUAUUUUUGGAGAUAACCACAGACAGGGGAAAUCAUUUUGUUGAUGAAUAAAUGUUUUCUGAGGUGAA